AUGGAGCUUCGGUUUUGGCCUGAUUUGGUUUCUCUCUUGGAAAAGCUGAAUGGCUGGACAGUCUUGGUGAUUCUGGUCAUGUUUCUUUUGAUUAUUGACCUUGUGAAAAAGAGACGUCCCAGGAAUUUCCCUCCAGGGCCGCAGCUCUUUCCUCUCGUGGGAACCUUUGUGGACUUUAGGCAGCCCCUCCAUCUCGCGCUGCAAAAGCUUACGGGUCGGUACGGGAACAUCUUCAGCGUGCAGUUUGGAAGUCUGACUUUCGUGGUAGUCAACGGGUACCAAAUGGUGAAGGAAGCUCUUGUCCACCAGGCUGAAAUAUUUACAGAUCGGCCAAAUAUUCCGCUCCUCCAAGAAAUAUUUAGAGGCUUUGGGCUCAUAUCAUCAAAUGGGCAUAUAUGGAGGCAACAGAGAAAGUUUGCUUCAGCAACGCUGAAAAGCAUUUCUGUAAGUUUUGAGGAAAAAGUGCAAGAGGAGAGCCGAUAUCUUGUGGAGACAAUCGAGGAGGAGAAAGGACAACCAUUUGACCCUCAUUACAAAAUCAAUAAUGCUGUUUCAAACAUCAUCUGUUCCAUAACUUUUGGGAACCGCUUUGACUACCAUGACAACCGUUUCCAGGAAUUACUGCACUCGCUAGCUGAAACGCUGCUGCUCAUGGGAAGUUUCUGGGGCCAGCUGUAUAAUGCUUUUCCAUUGGUCAUGAGAUGGCUACCAGGACCCUUUAGAAAAAUCUUCAGGCACUGGGAGAAACUUCAAUAUUUUGUGAAAGGAGUGAUUGCAAAGCACAAGGAGGAUUUGGACCAGUCCGAGGCACGAGAUUAUAUUGACUGUUACCUGAAGGAAAUAGAAAAGGGUGACACCAGCUCAUAUUUCCAUGAGGAAAACCUGCUGUGCUCCACCCUGGACCUCUUCUUAACCGGGACUGAGACGACAGCAACCGCCAUCCGCUGGGCUCUGCUCUACAUGGUCGCACAUCCCCACAUUCAAGAGAAAGUGCAGCUCGAAAUCGACACGGUGAUCGGCCAGUCCCGCCAGCCCACCUUGGCCGAUAAAGAGAACAUGCCGUACACCAGUGCAGUCCUGAGUGAGGUCCUGCGGAUGGGCAACGUCGUGCCACUGGGAGUGCCCAGGAGGUCCACCAGUGACACCACCCUGGCCGGCUUCCACUUGCCCAAAGGCACCACCCUGAUGACCAGCCUGACUUCGAUAAUGUUCGACAAAAACGUGUGGGAGACUCCAGACACCUUUAAUCCUGAACAUUUCCUGGAAAACGGCCAGUAUAGGAGGCAGGAGGCUUUUCUGCCUUUCUCUGCAGGGAAGCGAGCUUGCCCCGGGGAGCAGCUGGCCAGGACUGAGCUCUUCAUAUUCUUCACAGCCCUCCUGCAGAAGUUCACCUUCCGGGCUCCGGAGGCCACCAAGUUGACCUUCGCCUUCACGCUCAGCCUCACGCGUUGUCCCAAGCCCUUCCGGAUACGUGCGCUGCCUCGCGACUGA